AUGCUGUGGCACCGCUUGGCAUACACCUUGCUCUCUACCCUGCUCUUCGCGGCGUCCAAUCCCGUCAACGCGGCCUCGACAACCGCGAUCUUCCUCUUCAAGGAUGUGUUGCAGUCCAACACCACGGCACUGAAGACGUCUGGCUUCAAUACACUGCUCAUCUUCCGCAUUGGCGUGCUUGCGAAUGGCGACUUAGUCUACUACUCUACCGGCGGUGCUGGCGAGGCUGUUGACGCCCCCGUCAUCACCGGGGGCGAAUAUGUGGGAGGAUCAGCCCUCGCCGACAAGGUGAAGUCCUUCAAGACUGGGCAGACCCUCAUCGACCGUGUGGAGAUUUCGCUCGUGUCACACGACGCGACAUUUGUCAAUAUACGCAACCUGAUCAACGGGAAUGGCACCGGUGCGGACACGCCCCUGUACAAGAAUUUUGAGUUGCUGAGGACUACCUGGGAUCUCGACGCUUUCAACAACGACGAUGAGUCCGUCUACGAUGUGUCUAGCACGGUGAGCUUUGCCAAGCUACUCGGUGACAUCGGGUACAAGUACUCUAUCGCGCCUUACACCAACACCAACUUCUGGACGAGCGUGGUGCAGCAGUUGCCCGGCCUGCUCGACCGCGUUUACCUCCAAGUCUACGAUGGUGGGGCUGGUAACAACCCCGGAACAUGGCAGGACGCUCUCGGUCUAAAGGUGACUCCUCUUGUCUGGGUAACCAACGACGCGAAGCCGAGUCAGGGCACCACGCCUGAGCAGGCUCAGGCGAAGUUCGCCAACUGGAACGCUCAGUAUUCCACAGAUGGGGGAGGAUAUUGGAAUGAUUACGAUAUCGAGAAGAUGAACUCUUCUUAUACUGCGUAUGGCCAGGCAUUAACAAGUGUCUUUACUUCGUAG